AUGCCUUACAAAAUCUACGAAGACAUCCCCGUUCCUGAGUCCAACAUCCUGGAUUACUGCACCCAGGUGCAGAUCCGUUACGCCUGCGGUCACUCCACCAGAGGCGAGUUUAUCAAAUGUCGUCGACACAUGCACUCCGAGGAUGAGCGCUGCCCUGGACGUCCAGGUUACGCAUAUCGACGGCAAAAACUAUCUCCACAAGUGCCGCUCCUGCCUGCGAAGUGCAUAAGGAUUUGCUCUUAA